AUGGGAAUGAAAGAAAAAAUACGUAAUUUCCAUGAUAAAAAAAGGAAUAAAACAAAAUUGAGGCAUGUCCAUAUGGUUAGGAAGAAUUUUUAUGAAUUAAACUUUGAGCAGAAUGAUAGAAGGAAUAGACAUAUAAAUUAUACUUAUUAUAUAAAUAUGGAAACAACAAUUAUUGAAUUAUUGUUAGAUAAUAAUAUAGAAUCAUUUAAAAAUGCAGGUAAAUUAUUAUUUAUAAUAUUAUGUGGUAUAUCUCCUGCUACAUUAUAUUUUAAAAGAAUAUUAAAUUUAAUUCAUUAUUUUUUUCAUAAAGGUGGUAAGCUUUUUUAUCAUAGUAAUAUACAUUUUGAGAUAAUAUUAUUUCUAAAUAGUUAUAUGAGAUCAUAUAGUAUAAGUUGUUCAGUAUAUAUUUAUAAUUUAUUAUUAUCUAAUAAUAAUUAUAAGGAUUUAGAGAAUUAUAAAGAUAAAUAUAUGCCUAAGCAUUCGAUAGCUUCCUUCAUGGAUCAUUUUUAUUUUGUCGUUAAGGAUUUUUUAUUAAUUUUAAGAAAAUUCUUAAUAAAUUAUGAACAAGGUAGUAUAUCUAAUGAUUUAAAUGUGGAUGGUGAGUAUGACCAAGGUGUGUAUGAUAAUAUAUAUGUUGACACAACAAAUAAUAAUAAUAGUAAUAUUUAUGAUGAUAAUAAUAAUAAUAAUAAUAUUGAUAGUAAUAAUCCUAUUAAUGAUGACAAUAUGUACUAUCAUAUGAAUAAUUUUAAUAAUAAUAAUAAUAGUAAUAAUAAUAAUGAUCCUUAUCUUUAUGACCAUUAUGAUAAUUUUCUCAGUAACAAUUCCAUUUUAUAUAACAAACAUUAUGAUGAUAAUAAUACAUUCAAUAAAUCCAAUAAAGGAACCAAUAAAAUACAAAAUAAAAAGCAUGAUGAAAAAAUUAUGUGGUUUAAAGAAACAAACGAAGAUAUGAUAAAAAACUUUUGUAAUAUAUUAUAUAAAUAUACAUUCCCAAAAAAUUUUGAAAAAAAAUUAAAAUAUUUAAUAUCUCAAUGUACUAGAAUAAAUAGAGCAUUACAUAGUAUAUAUUUAGAUAUUUUUAUUUUAUGUAAUUUAAAAAAUAUAAUUAAAGUUCUAGUAUUAAUAGAUCAAUUAUUUUGUUCCAUGUUUCCUUAUUUUUAUUUUUAUGAGCUCAAAUUGAAAAUAUUACUAUUUUUUAUUCACAAAAAUGAGAAUCAAAAGGAAGACAAAAAAAAAAUUAAAAAUAAAAAUAAUCAUAAGGAGGUUACUAAAAGGAUGCACAAAGGUGUAUAUAAUGAUAAUAAUUAUGUUGAUAAUAACCAUGUUGAUAAUAACCAUGUUGAUAAUAACCAUGUUGAUAAUAACCAUGUUGAUAAUAACCAUGUUGAUAAUAAUUAUAACACAUGCCUCUUAGAUAAUAACCUCGAUAUGAUACCCAAUUCUGAAUUUAAUUCUUCCAGAUAUAAUCAACUUGCCAAUCAUAUAAAUAAUGAAGACAUCGAAAUGACAUCAAAUAUAAUAGAAAAUAAUAACAAAUUGAAUAUAUCUAAUAAUUCAUUUUUAAAUACUUUCAAUGAUCAAGUCAGUGAUGAAUAUGAUUGCCUUUAUAGUAGCGCAUCUAAUGAAAGUCUUAUUCCACUUCUUACAGAACAAUUGAAAACUCAAAAAGAAGAAGAGGAAGAUGAUAAAAAUGUAUAUCUAGAUAAAUUUAUGAAUUUAUAUAUUAACUGCACAGAAAAAAUUGCAACUAGUGUUCCUUCAAUUAGUGAUCUUUAUGAUAAUAAAGCUCUUAAAAAUUUAACUUAUAAAAUGAGCAAUAAAAGAAAAAUUAUUGAUGAUCAAUUUAUUUUAGACUAUAUAAAAAAUUCUCAAAAGGGUAAUGAAACCAAUAUUGAUAUUGAACACCAUGAUAAAGGAAUUAUUAUAAAAAGGAAAAAUACAUCUAAUGAUAAUAUAAGUUUUGAUAAUAAAAAAAAUGAUGAUAUUAUUAAAACAGAAAAACAUAAAUUUAAUGAUGAACACCAUAAGGAUCCAUUACAAAAUUCAGAACAUAAUCUUUUAGUUAGAAAAAAAAAAAAACAAAAAACAAACAAGAGUUCUUAUCCAAGUGGUAUUAUUCCUACCAUAAAUAAUAUUUAUGAAAAUACAUAUCAUGAUAUCAAAUAUAAUUUAAAAGUAAUUGUAAAUAUAUCUAAAUGUUUAAUGUUCUCAUCAUAUUAUGAUCCUAUAUAUAUCAAACUUUUCUAUUCCUACUUAUUACCAUCUAUUUCAUAUGAUAAAAGAGUAGAAAUUUUUUUGAUUUAUUCUUAUUCAAGUUAUAAAAUUUUUAAACCUUUCAUAUUCUUAAUAUUUUAUAAUAAUCAUACUUCAUUGUAUAUUCUAAAUGUUUUUAUUAAAAUAUUUAAAACAAAUCAUAUCAUUUUUCAAAAUUUUAAAUAUACUUAUUUUAAUGGAAUUAAUCUUAAAAAUGUACCAAAAAGAUACUUCAUUUUUCUUUUCCUUCUCUCGCCUUUUUUUUAUGAGGAUAAAGUGGAAUGUCUCCUAUAUAUUUAUAACCUCUUUUACAAUUUUGAUAGAGACGUUAUAAAUGACCAAGAAAAAGACAUAAACUACAAACAUAUAUACCAAGAUAUUGUGUUACAUAAUGAUGAGGAAUACGAUGAAGAGAAAAGAAAUAUAAACAUUAUUAUAAUAAAAUUUAUUGAAAUAUUUAAAGAAAAAUUCAAUGUAGAUAUUUAUAAUUAUUUUGAUUUUUAUAGAAUAUAUUUUAUAUUAUUUGUCUCAUGUGUAGAUAUAAAAUAG